GGCAGAGGAGGACGCACUCGGAGUCGGAUCAACUAGUAACCGCCGCCGUCCCUCACACUGCCAUGGUCUCAGCGACCGCAGCAGCAGCGCCGCGUUUCCUUCUGCGGAGGUGAAACUUUGGAAAGAAAAAAAGAAGAAGAAGAAGAAAGGAGACGCCAUGCCGCUGGACCCCACAGCCCCGCGGGAGUAAGAGCGACACGGCGGAGCUCCGAGUGCCCACGAACCGACACCACAAAGAGGCGAAGCGGCAGAGGAGGAGGAGGCGGAGGAAGAAGCCGUCGGUGCAGUUUUAACGCUCGGAGGGAAAGACGGCAUCCGGCCUGAAGAGAAGCUCCGAGGUCGGGGACUCCGGUCGGAGCAGCGUUCACCGUUUCUGGCCGCCCCUUCCCGAGAGCUCCAUGGAGAAGAUGAAGCGGUUCAAACGGCGUCUCUCUCAGACCCUGCGAGGCAGCCACACCAUCGACGAGUCGCUGUCCGAGCUGGCCGAGCAGAUGACCAUCGAGGAGAACGGCCUCAAGGACAGCGAGCCCAUCGUGAGAAAUGGCCGCCCUCCUUCGGCCCACAGCGUUCACUCCUUUCUCCACCAGUACACGGGCUCUUUCAAGAAGCCGCCGCUCCGGCGACCUCAGAGCGUCAUCGGAGGAGGCCUGGGGUCUCUCAUGGUCAUGCCUCGGAACGGCAGCCGCCUCGAUAUCGUCCAUGAGAACCUGAAGAUGGGCUCAGACGGGGAGAGCGACCAGGCGUCAGGGACGUCCUCUGAUGAAGUGCAGUCGCCCACAGGUGUUUGUCUGAGGAACAGAGGGAACCGGCGCAUCUCCGCCGAGGACUUAAACAAACGUCUGUCCCUGCCGGCCGACAUCCGGAUACCCGACGGUUACCUGGAGAAGCUGCAGCUGAGCAGCCCGCCGUUCGACCAGCCGCUGAGCCGCCGCUCCCGCCGGGCGUCACUGUCCGAAAUUGGCUUUGGGAAGCUGGAGACGUACAUCAAACUGGACAAACUGGGGGAGGGCACCUACGCCACCGUCUUCAAGGGGAGGAGUAAGCUGACAGACAACCUGGUGGCGCUGAAGGAAAUCCGACUGGAGCACGAGGAGGGGGCGCCGUGCACGGCCAUCCGAGAAGUGUCUCUGCUGAAGGACCUGAAACACGCGAACAUCGUGACCCUGCACGACAUCGUCCACACAGACAAGUCGCUCACACUGGUUUUCGAGUACCUGGACAAAGACCUCAAGCAGUACAUGGACGACUGCGGGAACAUCCUGAGCAUGCAGAAUGUCAAGAUCUUUCUGUUCCAGAUCCUGCGAGGCUUGGCCUACUGUCACAGACGGAAAGUCCUCCACAGAGACCUGAAGCCCCAAAAUCUGCUCAUAAACGACAGAGGGGAGCUCAAACUGGCCGACUUCGGCCUGGCGAGAGCCAAGUCGGUGCCCACUAAAACAUACUCCAACGAGGUGGUCACACUCUGGUAUCGGCCUCCCGACGUGCUGCUGGGCUCCUCUGAGUACUCCACGCAGAUCGACAUGUGGGGUGUGGGCUGUAUAUUCUAUGAGAUGGCUGCUGGCAGGCCCCUGUUCCCAGGCUCCACAGUGGAGGACGAGCUGCACCUCAUCUUCAGGCUGCUCGGCACUCCCACAGAGGAAAGCUGGCCCGGAAUAUCCUCCAUCGAAGAGUUCAAGACCCACAAGUUCCCCAAGUACAAGACACAACCCCUAAUAAAUCAUGCACCCAGGUUGGACACCGAUGGAAUCGACCUCUUGAUGUCAUUCCUGAAAUACGAAUCCAAAAAGAGGAUCUCUGCUGAUGAAGCGAUGAGGCAGCCCUACUUCAGGAGCCUGGGGCCACGUGUGCACACGCUGCCAGAGAACAUAUCCAUAUUCACACUGAAGGAGGUGCAGCUGCAGAGAGACCCCGGCUACAGGAACUCGUCGUACCCCGAAUCAGGCAACGGGAAGAACAGAAGACAGAGCAUGCUGUUUUGAAGUCUCUGGACUGGAUUGUGUUUGUUUUGUUUUUUAAAAAUUUAAUUUCAUUUUGGAAGGAUCUCUGAGCUGUACAGUCUUCCCGACCGAUCGGAAACCUGAGAAGGAUGCUGAUGUGGAACAUCAUGAUUACCAUCCCCCCCCCCCCCCCCCCCCCCCCCCCCCCCCCCCCCCCCCCCCCUCCCCCUACCCUCCCACUACCUGGGAUGCUGGUCCACAGCAGGAGCCCCCAGCCCCCCCUCCCUGGCUCUCAAGAGACAUUUAUAUACUGUACAUCUAUAUUUAUUGAGACGAGAAUUUGCUGCUAAAUCCAACUACUGUCUAGAAUUCUAACUGGCUCAGUCACUUUAAUGAAGACAUGCAAUGUGUAUAGAUUUCUAAUGACUUUUGUUUCCUUUUCUUUGAAGUGGUGGUAUUUUUAGUGAUUUUAUUUUAUUUUUUUUCUCUUCAUUGGUUCCAUUUUCAUACAUAAAACUCCACCUCGAACCUCCUCUUUGUGUGUGUGCGCCUGUUUGCAUGGAUGGAUGGAUGUGUGUGUGUGUGAGUGUGUGUGAGGCCCACAGACGGAGGGAUGUUUCUGUAGCAGUUCAGACGGAGUCAAGCAGUGUUUUUUCUUCUCUUCUUUUUUUUUUUUUUUUCCGUUGCAAUGGUGCUGUGACUCGGCUGCACGAAUCCUUUGUGAGCGUUUUACUCUGAAGGUUUAGGAUGUGAUAUGUGACGCUGUCGACCUGACGGGGAGCAUCUCUGGUCGGCUGACUGCAGAGGAGAAAAAAAAAAAAAGCAAACCAAACAUCUGGUGCGAUGCUGGCGUGUCUCAUUCCAGGAUGCUGCGGUCUCCGCCGUGACCAAUGAACAAAACGCAGGGAGAAAAGGCGACGUCGAAUUAUUAACACGGGCAUUACAGGACACGGUUACACCUCCUGGUUAUUCAAUCUUUUUCCUUUCUGAAGCAUCUUCUCGAGUCUGUUACAAAGACGAGUCCCUGUGCUGGAGUCUGCAGCGAUGCCUUCCUGCAUCACACUCGCUCCUCCUGUCUGCCAUUCCCAUCUCCACCGACUGUAAAAAAAAAAAAAAAAAAAAAAUCUUGUUUUUUCCUCUCUCUCUCCCCGGAUUGCCUCCAUCUUUGUGUUGCA